AUGGCAGGCCGGCUACGAUUAGACGACGAGACGUUCGAGAGGAUGUUCCGGCGGAUCUACUCCACGUUCGGCUCCGCCGCGCCGUACGUGGUGUUCCCGGACGCGCAGCGCUUCCUCAGGUGGCUGCGGAAGGAGGGCCUCGUCGUCGGUAUCGUCAGCAACGCCGAGCACCGGUACAGGGACGUCGUCCUGCCGGCACUGGGGCUCAACCAGGCCAGCCUCCCUCCAGCACUGCCGCCAUUGAUCCAUCCAUCCUUGCACGGUCGCGCCGACGACGAGCACUGA